AUGAAAAAGAUAAGAGAUUGGAUGGAUCGUUGCAGACCGCUCACUUGUGCUUGCGCCAUGGCUGUUAUGGUUGUGCCUUAUCGGUUGUACCCGCAACAUUUUCAAGUGCGGCAUUUCAAUGAUCGGCGAUCACACUCCCAUGAGGACGCAUUGGAAACCGCCAGCCUACAUACUAGCAACCCUGGCACCUUUGAUGGCCUGGAAACUCAACAACCUACAACUAUUGCCGUUGCGACUAUUGUCGGACAAGCUGACGGAACUUUUACCACUACUAUCGCUACUACCAGCAGAUUGGCACAGGUUACCACUUCGGCGUCCAUAGAACCAGCUUGCUUUGUGCACAACGUGCUCCCUUGUCCCAAUGGUGAGGGCAUUGGUGGUUUAUUUCGAAGGAUGCAGUGGGUCAUCGCAAUAGCUGCCCGGUACCAUUGUGCCUAUGUGUGCAAUCACAAUGAGUGGGUAACAGGUGGCCAUUCCACAGGCAACGUGGGAUAUAUGUUCGGCUGCGAGAAGGACCGCGUCAUCGGAGACAGGAGGAAUAUCAUUGAUGCAUCGGAGAUCAAGCGUGUGAAAGCAUCCUCACCUCGAUUGCAUUAUCACACCUCCUCACACUUUUCCCUUGGUCACAAGCUUGGCAGGCCGUUGCUACGUUCAAGUGCAUGGCUGCUUGACAUCAAUCCUCGCGACAAGAACAAGGUGUACAACGUCAAGUGCCCUCGAGAGCAAACGGUCACGCAUGAGAUGACAUGGAAGUGGAUGCGGAGUCAAUAUCAUGCAGUGCGUAUUGCAAAGCACAGAAAUCCAGAUGCAUGGGGAAUGACUUCAGAGACGAAAAGAAGGCUGCGAAUUGCCUUCCACUUGCGGAGAGGAGAUCGACCGGACGCUUGCCCUGUGUGGCUGUACCUGAAUGCUUUGCGGGACUUGUCGGAGGCACUACCAUGGAUAAAUGAGGACAACACCAAAAUCCUGAUCGUGGGACAGGUUGAUCAGAGGGAUGCCGAAUUCAACUGCAUGUUGCGGCUUUCUAGUGCUGGAUUCCUGAUCAAUCAGCGAGAUGCAUCCGCUGCACUUAUGCAUGAUCUCGAUCACAUAUCGCUCUCGGAUGUCCUCAUCCUAGGAGGUGGCGGAAGUUUUCCGCCGUUUGCUGCAACUUUGCAGCAUCAAGGAAUAAUUCUUCAUGCUUUAACCAAAUACUCCGCACUGGACGGCAUUCCACAUGCCUAUGCUUUGGAUGAUCAUGGUCGCUUCAGUUGCAGCUAUAACUUCUCAGACUUUGUGGGCGAAAUAGCUGGUCUUGACACCACAGCGGAUGGUUCUGCUUUUCGUGAACGCCUUCGACUUGCCAUGGAGGACUACACAUCAUGGUUCAAGCAGGACAAACCGUGUGAGGGCCGAAAGAAGCGAAAUGGCUUCGACCCAAGGAAGUGCAGACCACCUGAUUUCUCGAGGGACGAUGCAAAGAUUCCUUGCACUCCCAUGGCUUUGAAGCCAACUUCGUCACCUUCGCAGGCUUCUGUCGAAACCAACUUCCAACUUCCAACGAAGCCAACUUCCAACGUAACUGUUUCAGAGUUGGGGCUUCACCCGCUGGACAAACGCUAUGUGGCUUGCACACAUGCGUGCCAGCAUGCCUGCCUAGAAAAGCCCAUUCUUGGCAAGAGGAAAUGCAAGGGAGGUUGUUGCAAGCCAUGGGGAAGCUUUACAGCGUUUGAAACUCUUGCGCAUGACCAUGUUGCUUUUUUCCCACUGCGCUGUGCUGGCAACAUAAACCACGACUUUCACCAAAACUUCUGGCCGCUCUACUGGUGGACCUCGGUCUACGCUCAAUCAAACUCGGCCAUCCUGGUUCAAAGAGAAGCAGACCGCAAUCCAAACUGUCCCUCUUCCCAUUGGACCGACGACCUCUUCUGGAAAGUCUCCAGGGAAAAGAAGUGGAAGGUGUACAAUUUGUCCAAGGAAAAGGAAUAUUGCAUCACAGGUCAGCUGCAUUUGAUGAGCUCGGUGGCAUGCUGCGACUAUAGUCUGAAGCCCUUAGCACUUCUGCACGAAGCAAAGCCUAUAAUUUGGUCAGCAGUCCUUGGGCACCCUCAGCCCUCUGCACCUUCAAAGACUGGACUCAUUUAUAGCAGGGCGCAGUCACAGUGGCGCCGUAUUCUGGAGCCCGAAAAGCUUUUGCCUCUCUUUCGGGAGGAUCUUCAAGUUAACAUUUUGGACGAUAUGCCAGCAACACUGGCCCUGCAAGCGCAGCUUUUUUCCUCUGUCCAACUGGUUUUGGCACCCAAUGGCGGGUGGGCACCAAACGCCAUCUUCAUGACUGCAAGUAGCUGCUUAAUUGAGCUGCACCUCUACAGGCUAGAUAGCUGGGUCAGCAGCUUUGGGCUCCAAGCAGAACUUGGCGAAGUGCUCCUCAUCGUCGGUGAUUAUAGAGACCCCAGGAAGAAGAGGAUCUAUCGCAGAGGCCGAGUGGGAGGCGACGAUGACUUUCUGGUUAGAGGUGCAAAGGACACCUUGUUUAGUGACAUCUACGGGAAGAUGUCCAGGAGCAGACUCUGUGUAGAAUACUUGGCAAAAUGCCAUGCUUGCGAACGUGGGAGGGUCAUGGUGUGA